GGCGUGAGCUGGACCCCGUCAAAGAUGAUAUGGCGACUAGGCAAAGAAAUCAACAACACAGAGUCUAUAUACUACUGGGCUUACAAGAACAAGAUCCCCGUGUUUUCUCCAGCUAUAACUGACGGCGCUUUGGGGGACGUGAUGUACUACCACAGACAUGGCCGCCAUGGCGAUUCUGUCCGGCUGGAUAUCGUAGAGGAUCUUCAGCUGAUCAAUGACAUGGCCGUCUUUUCUAUCAACACCGGAGUGCUGAUCCUUGGCGCUGGAUUGGUCAAGCAUCAUAUACUGAACGCCAACUGCGCCCGGCAGGGCAGCGACUACACCGUCUACAUCAACACGUCUGCAGAUUACGAUGGAAGCGACGCUGGGGCAAGUCCCGAUGAAGCCGUCUCCUGGGGCAAGAUUAAAGAGACAUGUAGGGCCGUCAAGGUGUUUGCUGAUGCUACCAUAGUCCUUCCAGUGCUGGUUGGUGAAACCUUCGCCAAGAGAGAAUCAGAAAUCAGAGCCUUCUACAAACGCCAGGAAGAUCUCUGA